AUGUUCGUGAGGCAGGAGGUCCAAGACACUCAAAGAAUGUUGGAGGUAUGUGGGUGCCAGCAUGGUGCUGCUGCAUUGAUGGGCGUGAUGGUGGGCGUGUUGGUGGGCGUGUGUGUGGCAGAGGGUGGCGGCCAGGCCUAUGUGCUGGGUGAGGCUGGUACUCGCGGACAGUCAGUUAUUACAACCAUCCCGACCUCCUCCCUUACCCUGUGUGCUGCUGCAUGUCUUACUGAGUCCAUCUGUCUGGGAAUGAACUGGCUGGGAACUUCCUGUGAGACUCUCUCCUCCCUCCGUACAGUUGUUGCUGAUCCUACUUCCUCCAUCUAUGUUCCUGACAUUCAACGUACCUCAGUGGUCUUGCAGUACUCCUGCCCUUCCUGCUACGGAUCACAGCCAUUAGGAAUCUCAAACUGGACGCUGGAGUGUCCUCACUCCAAUGGAGUGGUUGUUGGAGUGGCGGCGGCUGCCUCCGAUUUUAGCAGAUUUGGUUGGUUGCUGUGUGCACAACCAGCAGGUCUGGUCCUCAACUACUCCAUCGCCUGUGUCCACCAGACUGGUAGCUGUAACAACCGUAACUUGCAAUGGGUAAGUAGGAACCAGAACAUAACACUGCAAGUAGGAACCAACACUUAG